AUGACCAAGUUGAUCGUUGGACUGGGAGCUCUGCUUGCAUCGCUGGUGCUGGCGACAGCCCUGCCGAAUGGCUCGCCGGUUUGCACAAUCACGAACGGCGGCCAGGAAAUUGCCCGGGGCAUGAGAGCCGCCAUCCAGAGCUCAUCGGCAUUCAGCCUUGCGAUUGCGGCUGGCCCUGAAGCUGGUCGGCUCAGCGUCACCGUCGAGGGCCCUGCCAACAGUAUCUUCAACGGCAUCCUGCUGUAUGCCGUCAGCAGCGCUCAGACCGAGAUUGGCACAUGGGGCCCGUUCGACAACCGCUUUCACACGGUGCCCGGGUGCCCGUCGUCGCUAACCCACAGCUCGCCGCAGUUCAAGCAACCUCCGAUAACAUUUGGGUGGACGGCGCCCGCAGGAUACCACGGCAGCGUCACCUUUGAGUGGGCGCUGGUGAUGGACAACACGACGGGAAUCUUCCUGGAAGUGCCCUCCGAGACGGUGGUGUCGCUGUAG